AUGUAUAAAACUUUGGAUUUCGUUGGCGGAUGUUUUGGUGGUAUUGCCGGGGUUGUUGUCGGUCACCCCCUCGAUACAAUAAAGGUUCGUUUACAAACUCAAAGUGGUCGGCCACCUGUUGUCAAUGGAGUGCGUGCUAUGAAGCUUGGAGCGGUACCAACACAUGCCUAUAGAUCUACGUGGCAUUGUUUGACCUCCAUUGUUAAAAGCGAAGGGUUUUUUGGUCUGUAUAAAGGGCUUGCGUCGCCAAUUGCUGGACAAGCAUUUUUAAAUACCAUCCUAUUUGGCGUGCAAGCCAAUCUUCAGAGACAGUUUAACAUUGAUUCUGUAUUCAGUCAUUACAUGUCUGGUGCUGCAGCUGGUGCUGUGCAGUGUGUUGUGGCAAGUCCCGUGGAACUGGCUAAAGUACGAGUACAGCUACAAGGGCAAGGGGAAAGCCAUUGUUACUAUAAAACACGUAGUCAUACAUACAAUGGCUCCAUAAAUUGUAUAUACAAGAUAUAUAUUGAUGAUGGAAUAAAGGGAUGUUAUCGUGGAAUGAAUUCUACACUCAUCAGAGAUGUUCCAGGAUUUGCAAUAUAUUUUGGUUUAGAUAAGUCGGUGUGUAAUUAUUUCCAAUCCCGACAUCCACAAAACGAGCUAAAUUGGCUUGAAUUGAUCGUAUCUGGUGGGAUCGCAGGUACAAUGACUUGGGUUGUAACGCACCCAAUAGAUGUAAUCAAAACACGUAUUCAGGCUGAUGGCGUCAAAGGAACCCCAUUGUACCAUGGUACCAUUGACUGUAUACGCAAGAGUAUUAAAGCAGAAGGUUACCGUGUGUUUCUCAAAGGAAUUAAAGCAAAUUUACUGCGAGCGUUUCCAGUCAAUGCAACCAUACUUACCGUUAAGAAAUGUGUUGUUGGUUAUUUCGACUAG